AUGGAGAAGGAGGUCAAGGGGGAGUUUGAAGCCAUGAAGGCCGAGUUGCGUGAUGUGAAGGACGUCGUGAAGGGGGGGUUGGAUGAAGUGCAGGAGGAGGUGAAGGAUGGGCUGGGCAUCGUGCAGGGAAGGCUGGACAGCGUGCUCAAGAGGACCCAGGACAGCCUCAUGCGCCUCAAUAACUUGCAGGCCCCGAACUACCGUUACCCUCGCCUUGUGGUCGUUUCGGAGGUUGGAUCUGAUGGCGCUUCGUCGAGGGCGCACGGAAAGAGACGCAUCCGGAGCAAGGUUCGUGGCGUGGGGAAGAAGGACAUGACGCUGCACUUCGUGUGCCCAGUUGAUAUGAAGAAGGUACCGUGCGGCUACGGCGGCGAGGGCUAUCGGUUUCUGGAGACGCGUGACUGGGUCAAGAGAAUCUUCCCUUUGCUUCAGGUGGCGGGGUGACCGAAGGUGGCCCUCACAGCAACAUCAGCACCGGACGUGGAUCUCUCGGACUUCCUGAAGACAACGAAAGAUGGGUUGGUGGAUGAGCUAGCCGACUGUACUCUUGACGAAACCGCGCUGCUUAGCGUUGUAGAGGGCGAGGAGGAUAGUGGGGGCGACCUGCAAAGGAUUACGCAGGCCUCGUACGAAGCGCUAAAGAAGUUCAUGUAGAAGAGGAGCGCAGCAGGCGUGAGAAUGCCAAGGACGGUGAUGGCUUCAUAGACUUCAGGGACAGAAUGACACGUG